AAGCUCAACUCCGCCCCUCUCAAACUCUGCCUGAACUUUCUUCAGAAGAGCCUGUGCUUCACUCUCCUCUAACCUGGCUUGGACAGACCACAGGACUGCUCAACUGCUCCUGAAACACGAACAAUGGGCUGGCAGGAGCAAGGAUGGCUCGUCUGUGCGAGUUUUCUCGGGUUUGUGGCGACGGCGCAGAGCAUAACGCGGGGAGAGUUUUUCCCCUUCGGUCCAAGCGCAAGAGACCAGUUACUAGAAGGAGGGAAUGACCAGACGCACCGACUCGAACUGGACAAGCCAGUGUUGUUUUAUGAUGGCACUUUCGACCACAUCUUUAUCAACACCAAUGGUUUUGUUGCCACAGCAGAGCCAGUGAGCGAGUCGACAUAUCUUGGCAAGAUGCCCCCAAAAUUCGGCAUGAUUGCAGCUCUGGAGGGAGACCUGGACACAAGUGAUGGUGUGGGCAAAGUUUUCUUCCGCCAAGACUCCAGUCCUGAUGCUCUGCGUCGGGCAGCCGAGCACAUCAACAGGGCUUUCCCUGAGGACGAUGAAGUCAACCCCACCAAUGCUGUGGUGGUCACCUGGGUUGAUGUCGCCACCCAUGAACCUCAAAGCAGAGGAGAUGCUGUUGGCAAGAAUAGAAACACCUUCCAGCUGGUUAUUGCAUCCCUGGAGACUGCUUCGUAUGCUAUUCUCCUGUAUGCAAGGGACGGGAUUCAGUUCUCCUCCACGCCUGUAAAACACAGUAGUGCGGUCAUGCAUGCUGGCUUCAGUAAGGGUUCGGUCCGAGGUUACCUGUUCUCCAGUCAGGGACCAUACUACCGCACCACCACUGAUGACGAGGCAUCUGUCAGGGCUUUAGCAGAGGAGACCAACUCUGGCCUGCGGGGUGUAUGGGUGUACGAGAUCGGAACUUCCCCAUAUUUUUCCAACGUGGCUCCAGGUGAGGUCACUGACCUUCCCACUGAGUCCACGCCACGGGAGAGCCCUGAGCGCUUUGAUGAUACAAGGGGACCUGCGUAUACCGAUGGACAGCAACUGGUGUACCCUCCUUAUGAGUCAGAAGGGGAGCAGAUUGAAGUCCACCCAGUUCAGUAUCAGCCACAUCAGCCAGGGAACCCAGAAGUGGUGGUGGUGGACGACACAGAUAUUAAUGUGGAUGUGUUCUCAUACAACCUCGGGUCAUGUGCGAACAAUAGACAUAAAUGUUCCCAGUUUGCUGACUGCAAGGACUACUCCAGUGGAUACUGCUGCCACUGCAGACCUGGCUUCUAUGGAAAUGGGAUACAGUGUCUUUCAGAGGGAAAACCACAGAGGAUAAAUGGUAAAGUGAACGGAAAUGUAUAUGUGGGCAACUCUCCGUCUCCAGUGGAGUUUAGCAGCAACGAUCUCCACUCAUACCUUGUGGUAAAUGAUGGCCGUUCCUACGUGGCAAUCAGUGACAUCACUGACACCAUUGGACCCUCACUGCUGCCCCUGUCGGCCAUUGGUGGCGUGAUUGGGUGGGCGUUUGCUCUGGAGCAGCCUGGAUUCAAGAAUGGCUUCAGUAUCAUCGGGGGGGAGUUCACACGGCAAGCCGAGGUGACCUUUCUGCCUGGGAAUGAGAGGCUGACCAUCACCCAGGAGUUCAAAGGUAUCGACGAGCAUGACCACCUGGCGAUGAGCACCACCCUGGAAGGCCGGAUCCCUGAGGUGCCUCGCGGCUCCACCGUGCAGAUUGACCGUUACUCUGAGAUCUACCAGUACAGCAACAACUUGAUCACCUCAUCCUCCACUCGGGAGUACAAAGUGAUUUUGCCCGAUGGCUCAACUGAAACCAGGUCGUACCAGUGGCGUCAGACCAUCACCUUCCAGAGCUGCCAGCAUGACGAGUCUUUGAGAGGCGUGAACCCAACUCAGAUGCUCAGUGUGGACCAGGUGUUUGUCAUGUACGAUGCAAGUAAUGAACUCAUCCGGUUCGCCAUGAGCAACAAGAUCGGGGACGUCAAUGGAGGGCAGCCAGUGGAGAACCCGUGUUUCACUGGAAGACACGGAUGUGACACCAACGCUGUGUGCCGACCUGGACAGGGAACUCAGUUCACGUGCGAGUGUGCUGUUGGUUUCAACGGUGAUGGCCGCACAUGUUAUGACAUUGAUGAAUGCAGAGAGGAUCCUCAGAUCUGUGGCUCCCACGCUAUCUGCAACAACCAGCCUGGGACCUUCCGCUGUGAAUGUGAAGAUGGAUAUCUGUUCGGCAGUGAUGGGCACACCUGCAUUGAGGCUAAUCAACCUGUGGACGCCUGUGAAGAAGGCACCCAUACCUGUGACAUUCCUGAGCGUGCUCAGUGCAGCUACACUGGCGGCUCGUCCUACAUCUGCUCGUGCCUGCCAGGGUUCAUAGGAGACGGUAGAAUCUGCCAAGACAUUGAUGAGUGCCAGCCAGGCAGGUGCCAUCAGGAGGCCGUGUGUUAUAACACCGAGGGAUCAUUUACCUGCCAGUGCAGGGCAGGUUAUUAUGGCGACGGCUUCUACUGCUCUCCAGAGAGGACAAAAACACGGUGUGAGACUCACAGAGACAGCCUACUGGCUGUGACGGAGUAUGGUCCCCGAGGCCCCCGACCUCCGGUUGGACAGUACAUCCCUACAUGUGACGAGAACGGUGCCUAUGAACCUAUGCAGUGCCACGGCAGCUCAGGACACUGCUGGUGCGUGGACCGUAACGGACAGGAGAUCCCUGGGACUCGCUCUGGGCCUGGCAGCCGACCAUCGUGUAUCGACCACGGUGGUGUGCCACCACCUAUUGGACCCACCCCUCGACCCGAUGUCCACCCCCUGCCUGCAGGAACACACCUGCUGUUCACCCAGAGCGGCAGGAUAGAGCACGUCCCGCUGGAAGGUUAUAACAUGAAAAAGGAUGAUGCCAAGCCUGUCCUCCAUCUCCCUGAGAAGGUAAUCAUUGGAGUUGCCUAUGAUUGUGUGGAGAAAAUGGUCUACUGGACUGAAAUCACAUCUCCCUCAAUCAGCAAAGCCAGCAUCCAGGGGGGAGAGCCCAUUGCAGUCAUUACAUCAGAUCUGGAUAGCCCUGAGGGUAUCGCCAUCGACCACUUAGGGAGAACCAUGUUCUGGACGGACUCUGUGAAGGAUCGCAUCGAGGUGGCCUCUUUGGACGGGUCUCAGCGUCGUGUCAUUAUAGACUCUGACCUUGUCAACCCCCGUGCCAUCAUCACUGACCCUCCCAAUGGUAAUCUAUACUGGGCCGAUUGGAACCGCGAUGCUCCCAAGAUUGAGACCUCUUACAUGGACGGAUCCAACAGGAGGGUGCUGGUUAAAGACGAUCUCGGCCUGCCAAACGGCUUGACUUACGACUUUCAGAGCUCUCUGCUGUGUUGGGCAGAUGCAGGCACACAUAAAAUGGAGUGCAUGCAUCCUGGCCGGGGUGACCGCAGAAAGGUUAUGGAGGGUAUUCAGUACCCGUUUGGAAUCACGUCUUUCGGGAAGAACAUCUACUACACUGACUGGCAGAGGGAUGCAGUGGUUGCCGUGGACCACUAUACUGGAAAGGAGUCAGACGAGUUCCAGCCUCAGAAACGGACCAAGCUAUAUGGGAUCACCACAGCCUAUGCCCAGUGUCCUUCAGGACAAAACUACUGUGCUGUGAACAACGGGGGCUGCACUCACCUCUGUUUAGCAACCCCUACCGGCCGCUCGUGCAAAUGCCCCGACAAUGCGGCGAGCGUGGGCUGUGUGGAGAGAGACGGCGGGUACUGAGAGAAGGCGGCUGUGCUCUGAGAGUUGACACUGUUUGUGGAUGUUUGAGCGCAAAGAAACAAUUAGGAGCCACUCAGCAUUACUAAACUAUAGCUGCUGAAAAUGCCACUGAAAACCAGAGGUGAACUUAUUGUGCCUUUUAUUGCUCAGUGUUAUGCUUAUCUACAAUUUUACAUUUCCCAUUGCCUAAAAAAAACAACACAAAAUUGCCUUUGAGAAUUGUAAAUAUAAACACUAUUAUUUUGUCUUUUCCUGAGUGCACAUAAACUGAGAAUAAAGCUCAAGGGAUACGUAAUUUAAUGUGAAAUUCAUCACAGCAAUGCAUGACAUCAUCUCAUGUCAGCUGUGCUACACUGUGGCAUGUUCGGAUCAGCUUAUCUCAUGGAAGUAUUACUGUGGAGUGUGACUAGUACAAGCUUUGUGGGAUGAGUUUACAUGCUGGGCAGCAAAAAGAAUAAAACAUUUUUUUCUAACA